CCUGCCGCUUUGCACACCAGACACUGAGAGGACAGCAUGGAGACGCUUCUCUUUCUAUUUCCUCAAUUUAACUACAUGGCCCCAAAGGAGGAAGCAUAUUUCAAAAUGUUUGCUGUAGGGAACUUGCAGACACCAGCGAUGAAGGAAAAUAGCAGCAGACAGAAAAACAAGGAGAGGAAAAGCCGACUCGGCCUUUUUCUCACCAAGUCAGGCUCCCAUGAAAACGUCAGCCCCCAUAAAACGACAAAUACAACAUCAAGCAACAUCUCAGUGGAGGCAGCCUUACAUUGGAGCGAUUCCUUUGAAGAACUCUUAAAGCACACAGAUGGGGUGGAAACCUUCUCUCAGUUCCUCAGGAUGGAGUUCAGUGAGGAAAACAUUGAGUUCUGGUUGGCCUGUGAGGAAUACAAGACCAUUGAUUCUGAAACAAAGCUGCUGUCCAAAGCCAAAUAUAUUUAUACUGUUUUUAUUGAACCAGAGGCCCCCAAAGAGGUCAACAUUGACUACAACACCAAGAUGACUGUCAAGAAAAACAUGGAACACCCAACAAGAAGUUCUUUUGAGGCAGCCCAGAUGAAAGUCUACAGUCUGAUGAAAAAAGACUCGUAUCCCAGGUUCCUGCACUCUGACAUUUAUAUGCGCCUCACUAGGAGGAAGGGCCCCGGAUCCAACAUGUUUCGUCGAAGGUCGCGCUCCUGUGUGUUAAACGAUAGGGGAGACGCAUCGACUGAACCAUCAGCAUGGUGA